AAACACUUCCAACUAGAAGUGUCUAAAAAUCGGCAUAUUUUGAUAAUUUUAUAAAGUCUGUUAUAUAUGUUGAAUUGUUAAUUUAAUUUGGUUGUGAUUUCAAAUUUGGGUCAGAAUUCCCAAGUUUCAACCUUUUAACCCAUAUCACAAGCCAUGGCAAAUGGCAGAUGCGACCUCAGAGUUAGACCCGUAAUAAUUCAAAGGGCGCGAUCCAGCCGUUGAAGACAUGAUUUGUCAAAGAUCUCUCAUGCAGACCAACUGUUCGUGUUUUUGUCAUAGCAAAAAACCAUGACCCAAAGCUAGCUUGAUGAUUAUUUCCCAGUCUUUCCAUUUUGAUAAAAUUGCAAUGAUUUUUGAACGAUUCUCGCCUUCUAAAAACCUGUUUAGCCUCCUAAACCAACAAGUUCGCUCCUUUGCACGCGACCCAUUCCCCAACAAACUUACUCAUUACCUUCACCGAGCCAAGCUCAUUGACUCAAUCCGACUCGCUCUCCGUUCCAACUCUCCUAACUCACUCAACCCUCUUCUCCAAACUCGACUCCUUGACUCCUUCGUUGUUGCUAACGCUUUUCGUUCUGCUCCUUCAGCGGACUCUGCCAUUUCUUUCUUUGAAAACCUUAAGCAAGUUCCAAACUUUGCGCAUUCACAGAAUACUAUUUUUGCUUUUGCUACUGUUCUUGCUAAGUUCAAGCGAAAGGUGGAACUCAAGGGCCUGAUCGGUGACGCUAAAGAUGGAAAAUUUAACAAUGUUAAAGCCAGUUUCAUGAACCUUUUGUUUUGGUAUUCUACUGCUGGGGACCUUCAAAAAGUUUUGGAAACAUGGGAAGAGUAUAGGAAUGAGGAAAAUCGCCUAUCAACAGAGGCUCACAACAUUGUCAUGGGGCUUUAUGCUAAAAAGGAUAUGAAUUUUGAAGCCGUGGAAGCUUUUCGAGGUAUGAUUGAUCAAGGAGUGAUUCCAAAUUCCAGGACUUACACGAUUUUGAUAGAGCAUCUUGUAAGGUUAGGGAAGUUGGAUGCCGCUAUGGAAGUGUUCACUGUGUUGCCUUCAAUGAGAAUAAAGAGGACUUUGAAACAGUUUCUGAUUUUGGUUGAAGGGUUUGUUGGUGGAGAACGGUUUGAUGUGGUGAAAAGUUUGCUUAAAGAAAUGAGGGAGGAUGGGAAACUUCCUGGACGAGCAAUGCGAAUAUAUUUGGAACGAAUGAAGGAGGCAGGGUUUGCUGGUGAGACGGAUGAGUUUCUUGUAGAAAUGUUGCCUGAUGGAAGGAUCAAGAGUGUAGGUUCUUGUGAGGAUAGUAGUGACGAGGAUGAGGAUGAGGAUGGUAACGAUGAUGUAAAUGAGGGAGUUGAUGUUCAUACGGUCAAACUGAAACCAUGGUUGGAUCCAAAAGCUUUGGCAAAUGCCUUAAAACAAUGGAGUCCUGAAGUGGUAACUAUAUUAGAAGAUGCUAAAUUUGUGUGGACUAGUAGGUUGGUUUGCAAAGUUCUGAGGAAUUUCACUUCACCUGAGACAGCUUGGAAUUUCUUCUGUUGGGUAGCUUCUCAGCCAGGAUUCAGUCAUGACAUUUACACAGUGCAAAGAAUGAUGACUCUACUGGCACGCCAUGGAAAUGUUGAAUUAGUAGAUAAACUUAUAAAUAAAGUAAGGAGGGAGCAAAUGAUAUUGCCUUUCAGCACCAUCAGGUUGCUUGUUGAAUUCUAUGGCAUUUCAAAGAAUGCUGAUGCUGCCUUGAAGGUCUUCCGCAAUGAUAGAACUCUCUGUGGUCACAUAUCAAGGUUCAAUCUAAUGCUUUUAUAUUCUUCUCUCUUGAGGGCAUUAACAAAGUGUCGUAGGAAUACAGAUGCCCUGGAUAUACUUGAUGAGAUGAUUCUAAAUGGUAUUUGCCCAGAUAUCCAGACAUUUUCUGGGUUGAUAUAUCACUUUGCACUACAGGGGGAUAUUAAAACUGUUCAGCAGCUCUUUUCGAUGAUUAGACAGAGUGGUAUGGAACCAGAUGCCUAUAUGUUUAAGUUGUUAAUCCAAGCUUAUUGCAAGUGUCAAAGAGCUGCACUUGCAUAUAGAGUUUUUGUAGACAUGAGAAAUUCAAAUUUAAUGCCUGAUGCUGCCACAAAAGACUUGCUCGUGAAGAGUCUUUGGCAAGAAGGCAGGCGAAAAGAGGCUGUUAUUGUAGAAGAGAGGUAUGAGGAGACUGAUGGAGUCCUUCCACUGGCAUUGCGCGGUCAUGUAUGGACAGUUAGCUCUGAAGAUCUCACUAGAGUUUAUAGUAUUUAUUCCAACAGUGUUAUUGCCCCUGCAUAGAGUUGUUUGCCUUCUACAAAAUCAAAGUAUUUAGACUUUAUUGUGGCAACCUUCUUUUUUCCUGCAGUCUUUCAGGAAUCUUAAUUUUUGUCUUGUGUUAUAUCUGAAUUGCAAUUUGCAAAUAUUAACUUGUUGAAUCAAAUUCUGAAAUGCAAUUUGAUAGGUAAGACUGGCUCAGCAAAUAAGGCCAGAAAA